AUGACGCAAGAUAACACCGCCAAGCUCCUGGAGGAGCACCAGGAAGCCGUCAAGCGCAUCCAGUCCCAGGUCAAGUACUUCCACGACGAAAAGAAGCACUUUCGCGUCUACCAUGGGUCCACGAGCUCCACACGCCCGGUAUCCUUCAAGCGCGAUUCCAUUGUCGACACGAGCGACAUGGGCCGUUUGUUCCCUGUGGACAAGGAGACCAUGACGGUGCGCUGUGAGCCCAAGGUGCCCAUGGACGAGCUGGCGGCGCACUGCCUCAAGGAGGGCGUCGUCCCCAAAAUUGUCAUGGAGUUCAAGGGAAUCACCGUGGGCGGUGGUUUCUCGGGAUUCUCUGGCGAGAGCAGCAUGUAUCGCUAUGGCCUUUUCAGCAACACCGUAUCCGACAUUGAGAUUGUUCUUGGUGACGGCACCCUGGAGACGGCCAGCCGUACGCACAACUCGGACCUUCUAGAGCACUCGGCCGGGAGCCUCGGAACCUUUGGCAUCGUCACCCUGCUCACUGUCGAGCUCAUCCCCGCCAAGCCCUACGUGCGCGUCGACCUCCAGCGGGUGGAAGAAGUGGUACGCGCGCAUGAAAUGUUCGAGGAGGCCGCUGCGGACCCGGACAUUCACUUCAUUGACGGCGUCUACUUCCGCAAGAACACGAUUGUCGUCAUGUACGGCAGUUUUGUCGACGAGCUGCCGGCCGGGAACUCUGCCCUUAAGAAGAUGCAAGUCCAUUGGUUCGCCGACACGAUCGAGGACAUCCUCACGCGCGAGAAGCCCACUCCGGAGUCCCCCCACUCAGUCUACAUGAAUGUGACCGACUACCUGUUCCGCUACGACCAUGGCGCUUUCUGGGGCGGCAAGCUCGCCUUCAUGCAUUUCCACGUGCCGCAGAACUGGAUCACACGCCGUCUGGCCGACCCCUUCCUCGACAGCCGUACUUGCUACCACGCUCUUCACAAGUCAGGUCUAGCAAGCGAAUACGUCGUCCAAGAUUUUGGUAUCCCCGCUAACAAUGUGGCCACCUUCAUCGCCUUCGUCAACGAGACGCUUCCCGAGCUGCAGAUCUUCCUGGCUCCCUGCAUGAAGCCACGCGACAUCGGGCUGAUAUCCCGCUUCCACCCUCGCGUCUCCGAGAUUGCCGACCAGCGCCUGUUCGCCGUCGGAGUCUACGGCCGCGGCCCCCGCGACCCCCAGGCCUUCUACGACCUGAACCGCAAGCUCGAGCUGCGCAGCGCAGAGCUUCUGGGGGCCAAGCUCCUCUACGCGCGCACCUACUACACCGAGGAAGAAUUCUGGACAAUCUACGAUCACGACAUCUACAACAAGAUGCGUGCCAAGUACAAGGCCGAGAGCCUCCCCACCAUCUACGAGAAGCUCAAGGCCGACAUGUCCACUAGUGCUGGCAAGCGCAGGCCUGUCAGGGGCAUCCUCGAGACCAUGUACGACAAGCUCGUGGGUAACAAGGAAUAUCUCCUCAAGAAUUGA